AUGGCGACGGCGGCGGUGGAAACUCGGAAGCCUGAUGACUCGAAGCAGAUUCACCAGCAAGCCGCCGGGUCUGGCGGCGGCGAAGGGCUCCGGCAGUAUUAUCAGCAGCGCAUACAGGAUAUGCAGCUAGUAGUCCGUCAGGAGAUUCACGAUCAGCAGCGAUUAGAAGCUCAACGCAAUGACUUAAAUGCCGGAGUUGACAUUGAUAAGAGCAUAGACAUCACAAAGAUUACGCCUUCAACAAGGGUUGCUUUACGUAAUCAUAGCUAUGUGCUCCACUUGAUCCUACCUAGUAAAGUUGAUCCGCUGGUGAAUCUUAUGAAAGUAGAAAAAGUUCCGGAUUCCACUUAUGACAUGAUUGGUGGUCUAGACCAGCAAAUUAAAGAGAUAAAAGAGGUGAUUGAACUUCCAAUCAAACAUCCUGAAUUGUUCGAGAGUCUUGGUAUUGCGCAACCUAAGGGAGUGUUGCUGUAUGGUCCUCCUGGCACGGGUAAGACUCUGCUUGCAAGGGCGGUGGCCCACCACACUGACUGCACAUUUAUCCGAGUAUCGGGCUCUGAAUUAGUUCAGAAGUACAUUGGAGAAGGCUCUCGGAUGGUGAGAGAACUUUUUGUGAUGGCCAGAGAACAUGCCCCGUCUAUCAUCUUCAUGGAUGAAAUUGAUAGCAUUGGAUCUGCUCGUAUGGAAUCUGGGAGUGGAAAUGGAGACAGUGAAGUUCAGAGAACUAUGCUGGAACUUCUCAACCAACUGGAUGGAUUUGAGGCAUCUAAUAAGAUAAAAGUAUUGAUGGCUACCAAUAGAAUUGACAUUCUGGACCAAGCUCUUCUAAGGCCUGGAAGAAUUGAUCGGAAAAUCGAGUUCCCAAAUCCUAAUGAAGAUUCUCGGUUUGACAUAUUGAAGAUCCACUCGAGGAAAAUGAAUUUAAUGAGAGGGAUUGAUCUCAAGAAGAUUGCUGAGAAGAUGAGUGGUGCAUCUGGUGCUGAAUUGAAGGCUGUUUGCACUGAAGCAGGCAUGUUUGCUCUGAGAGAGAGGAGGGUCCACGUAACUCAGGAGGACUUUGAGAUGGCCGUAGCGAAGGGAAAGUGGGCUCAAUUCUCGAAGGUGGACACCGGCGGCAGAGGCGAGAGUUUAGCUCGAUUCUCGGAGGCGGAGGUCGAGCGGGGCUCGACCGGAUCAACGGUCGAACAAGGGCAUGGGGUCGAGUGGGGCUUGACCGGCUCUACGGGCAAACAGAGGUCCAGGCUCGACCACAUGAAGAUAGCAAGGGGAAGUAGAAUAUCGACCCAUAUGCUUGAGUACCGACCAAGCUGCAUUGGUACAAUAGAUAUCCGAGGAUUUAGGACCCGAGAAGGGAAUCCGUACAAUACGACACUAUAUGUACGUUGA